AUGUAUGAUUUGCUGAACGACUACAACAAUUUGGAUGCGAAGCCAGGCGUAGAAGCGACAAAGAAGCUGGGUAAUUUCUUUCAGUCGUUGAAUCUUGAUAUCCACAAAAACGGCAUCUUUGUUCCUAGACUCACUCUUAAAUAUCUCUGGCACACAAAAAGCAAAGACUGCGAGUUUCAGUUAUUCAAAGGAAAUGAAGAAUUGUAUCACAAAUACAGAGAUGAUCUGAAAAAGACGACCAGAAUUAGAAAAGGAAAGCCUUGUCAGGGAAUACUUGGAUAUGAUACCAAUGCUUUAUAUCUGUGGGCGAUAAGUCAAGAUAUGCCGUGUGGUGAGCACCAAGUAGUUCAAGUCUAUCCCGGUAUUCUGAAAGAUGUCUUGGAUAACACGUUCUUUGGAAUGAUAGAAUGUGAUAUUGCUGUUCCUGAGCAUUUAAAGGAGCACUUUGCUGGAAUGCCUCCUAUUUUCAAGAAUGUUGAGAUUACAUGCAAUGAUUUAAGCUCUGACACACAGGCACAUGUCAACCCAAAUUACAAAAGUAACAGAUUAGUUGAAAAUUUCUUGAAGCACGAGACAGUCAAGAUUGUUACUGGAGAUAACUACAUCAAAAACAUCAGAAGGAAUGAUUAUAUUGAACAUCAAGACAUGAACAAAGGAUGCGAGUUUCGUUUCAAAAAGAUGUCGUUCAAACAAAGUUUACCAAUUCACAUUAGAUUUCAAGUGUAUCAAUUAGCGAAACUACGAGUGCUUCAAUUUUACUACGACUCUAUUGAUUAUUCCAUUGACAAAAGUGAUUAUCAGUACUGUAUGAUGGACACUGAUUCAGCUUACAUUGCUAUAUCUGAUGAAUCGUUAGAAGUCAUAAAACCAAGCUUAAAAGAUGAAUUUAAAAAGAAUCGGCAUCUGUGGUUGGAAAGAGACGAUACCAUUGAGAAUAAGGUGUAUGACAGCAGAACACCGGGUCUGUUCAAGUUGGAAUAUGAAGGAAACUGUAUUAUAUCAUUGGUCAGUAAAAUGUACUAUUGUGAUGAAAACAAAUUCAGUUCAAAAGGGAUUAACAAGAAACAAAAUGAAAUUACAAAACAAAAGUAUGUGGAUGCUUUAAAAGUUACAGAUUAUAUCUACACUACAAACCCGAAGCUCACAAAAAUCUGGCAAUACCAUGGUCGUAAUACCACAUAUAUUACAUUGCAAACUGACACAACACUAAUUGACCAAUAUCAAAUCAUUUAA